AAAGAACUAUUUUAAUUUUUUAAUAUCUAUAUUGACACUAAUUUCAUCCGGACUAACUCGCCGGAAUUGAAGAGUUGCAGCCCAAUCGUCGAGGAUGGCGGCGCCGUCAUCGUCCUCAGCAUCUUCAGUGAGAUCGUGGAGGACGGCGUUUCUUACUCUGAGAGAUGAAUCGAUCUCUUCUUCAACUUCAAUUUCCCAACUUCUUUACGACACCAUAUUCUCCCACUCCGACUGCUUAAUCGCCGCCGCGCACUACCUUCCUCCACCCGAAGUUUCAUCAGAUCUGCUGUUUCUCUUAGAAGUGGCUACUCCUGCUUCCGACUCCGUGCACGACGUUGCCCUUCUCUUCUCGGACAUCAUACAUCUGAUCCACGGUAUUUCUUAUCAAGUUGUUCUUGAAUUUAGUUCUUCCUCUUGGAACCUGCUUCUUCAAUAUUUUGGAGACGCGAUCCAAUGCAUACUUGGAAAGCUUCAUAUUCCAGGAAAUUAUGCUCAAAUAAGGACCGUCUCGGAAUCUUUGGAGAUUGUAAGCUACGUUGUCUGUUCACAACAGCGCAAAUUUUUACCAGCAGAAGAUAUCCAGCUCUCAAAGUUUUUGCUUUCUGUGAUUGCUGGCUCUCAAUCAGCAAUAUUUCCCUCGUCAAGUUCAAUCAUUAGACAUGGUUAUACCGCUGAAAUUGUGAAAAAUGUUACCAAAUGCAACAGUUUAUGGGAUGUUCAGGCUGUAGCCUUUGAUCUACUUAGUCAGGCCAUCACAAGUCUGGGGUCAUAUUUCCCAGUUGAUGUUUGGAAGUCAACAAUUCAGGUUAUUAGAAAAUUGAUGGAUUUCUUGGCAUCUAAUAGCCUACUCGUUGAAGACAAGGUGAUGUCCAGGUAUUAUCUAUCUCUUUUGAGAUGUCUUCAUUUGGUUAUAGCAGAACCCAAAUGCUCCCUUUCUGACCAUGUGUCAGCUUUUGUAGCAGCAUUGCGUAUGUUCUUUGCCUAUGGCUUUUCUAGUAGACCCCUACUUACUUGUUCAGUUGGUAAUCAAGGGAAAGAACCUAGUUUGACUAGUACCAAGGAAGAUCCAAAAAGGACAAAUCAUAGUGCAUAUAGGCCCCCACACUUGCGUAGAAGAGAAAAUUUAAAUAAGAAGCUGGGCAAUGUUCAAAAUUCUCCAAGUUCAACGGCUGGAGAGUCUUUUAACUGUGAUUUGAUAUCUUCAGAUUCCGAUCAUGACAGUGAUGGGCAAGUAAGAGAUACUGACAUCAUCCAGAAUGGCAAGGUUCGGGUUGCUGCAAUUAUUUGUAUACAGGAUCUUUGCCAAGUUGACCCCAAAGCAUUCACCAGUCAAUGGACACUUCUUUUGCCAACUCGAGACGUGCUGCUGCCAAGGAAAUUUGACGCAACUUUAAUGACGUGUCUGCUAUUUGAUCCUUCUCUGAAAGCUCAGAUUGCAUCUGCUGCAGCCCUGGUGGUUAUGUUGGAUAGGACUACCACCAUUUCCUUGCAGAUUGCAGAAUACAAAGAUCCAACUAAAUGUGGAUCCUUUAUGCCCCUUUCGAUUUCCCUUGGGCAGAUACUGAUGCAACUUCAUACAGGUGUUCUGUAUUUGAUCCAACGUUCAACUCAUGGUAGAUUGCUGACAACCUUGUUCAAGAUUCUUUUGCAUCUGAUAUCAUCUACUCCAUAUCCAAGGAUGCCUGAAGAGUUAUUGCCGAACAUAGUAAAAGCCUUGCAAGCAACAAUUGAAGAGGGCUUUCCAUUCAAAAGUGAUCAAACCGACCUGCUGGCUGCUGCUAUCAGUUGCUUAAAUGCAGCCGUAUCUGUUUCUCAGUCCUCUCCUCAUGUAAAAGAGAUGCUUUCCGAACAAAUAUCCACAGCUCAAAAGGGAAACAGUGUUCUUAUCACAUUACUUCAAUAUUCUGAGCAAUUAACCAACCCAACCAUAUGUAUAGAGGCUCUUCAGGCCUUAAAGGCUGUAUCACACAAUUACCCGCAUAUCAUGUUUGCUUUCUGGGAACAACUUUCCUCAGUUGUUUCCAACUUUCUACAUGAAGCUGCUCCUGAAGUUUCUACGGGGCAGUGGAGGGUGCAUUCGAGAAACAAUGUUGGAAUUAUUGGAGAGAAAGUUAUAACGGCGGCUGUCAAGGUUUUGGAUGAAUGUCUUCGGGCGAUAUCUGGGUUCAAAGGUACGGAGGAUCUUUUGGAUGAUAACCUACUUGAUUCUCCAUUUACUUCCGACUGCAUAAGAAUGAAGAAGGUUUCGUCAGCUCCAUCAUAUGAAUUCAAGAGUUCAAAUGAGACUGUUGACAGUCCAGAGGAGGAAUGCGCAGGAAUGAAGCAGUGGUGUGAAGUGAUUGAGAAGCAUUUACCUAGGAGUUUGUUGCAUACUUCUGCAAUGGUGAGAGCAGCAUCUAUUACAUGUUUUGCGGGUAUUACUUCCCCUGUUUUCUCCUCUCUCUCUAAGGAAAAAGAGGACUAUAUAUUGUCUUCAGUGGUGAAUGCUGCAGUGUAUGAUGAGGUGCCAUCAGUGAGAUCAGCUGCUUGUCGUGCCAUCGGUGUCAUAUCAUGUUUCCCUCAAGUUUCUCAAAGUGCAGAGAUUCUCGAUAAGUUCAUCCAUGCUGUUGAGAUCAACACUCGUGAUUCUUUGGUUUCGGUAAGAGGAACAGCCUCUUGGGCAUUGGCAAAUAUAUGCGAGUCAAUCCGUCGCUUUUUUGAUGAUUUUCCUUCAAGACAACCCACAGAUUCAAUAGAACGUUCUCAUACAUUAACACUAUUAAUCAAGUGCAGUUUGCGUCUAGCAAAUGAUGGAGACAAGAUUAAAUCAAAUGCUGUCAGAGCUCUGGGAAAUCUUUCAAGGUUGAUAAAGUUUUCGGAUUUAACAUCCCCCUGUGAGAAGCCUGUAAUUAAUUUGGGGUUAUAUCCAGCAGUUAAUAACUCAGAUCUCUUGUCGACAAGUAAUUCAAAUUUUCUCGAGAGGAUAGUUCAGGCAUUUAUUUCUGGGAUCACAACUGGAAAUGUGAAGGUCCAGUGGAAUGUUUGUCAUGCAUUAAGCAACUUAUUUUUAAAUGAAACAUUGAGACUGCAGGACAUGGACAGGGUCUCAUCACUUUUCAAUAUUCUUUUGCUACUACUGCGGGAUUCCCCUAAUUUUAAGGUGAGGAUACAAGCUGCUGCGGCUUUAUCUGUGCCAGCUUCAGUGUAUGGCUAUGGGAAGUCUUUUCCAGAUGUAGUCCAAGGUUUGGAGCACACAAUUGAGAAUCUAGAAUCAAAUCAUAUUCCAGCACCAAGUUUCAAGUAUAAGGUUGCACUUGAGAAGCAGUUGACUUCAACCAUGUUACAUGUUUUAAGUCUAGCUGCCGGCUCUGACUAUCAACCCCUCAAAGAUUUUCUGGUCAAAAAAGCAACAUUUCUUGAGGAGUGGUUCAAGGUACUUUGCUCAUCUCUUGGUGAGAGAAGUAACUGGCGUGAUGGUGAAGAUAAUUCCAUCAACAACCAGAAGAGAGAAAUGAUAUCGAAAGCUUUACGGUCACUGAUUGAAGUGUAUACGAGCAGCAGUUGUAGUGCAAUUUCUCAGAGAUUUGAGGACUUUGACAAAUGGAUUCACUAGAUACUUCACUGUCCUCGUUACAUUCUCAGUUCUAAAGAACUCAGCGGUUGCUGUAGCGUAGGCCUCCAGCCAGUUCUAUGAUUUCAUGUUUAUGAUCCAAUAAGAGGAAUGUUUGGCAUAGACCCUGAUAUGCCGUUCAAAGAAGUUAUACAAGGGAAAGUUUGACAGCAGGCUGAUGAGCCAUUGCCAGAUCUCGUUCUCGUCGAUCGAAAAUGGUAUAUAAAUUGGCCAGAGGUGGUAGUCUUCUGAGAAUCAUUGUUAUUUAGUUCAAAUUUGAAGAUUAUGCUGGUUAUGCAGAUUUGAGGAACUUUCCUUCUGGGUAAGCUGGAAGAGUAUUUGUUUUUCAUUUAUUUUCUUUCGGAUGUACAGUGUUCGUUUUUGUAGUGAGAAUUUAUUUCACUUGUAGAAGAUUAUGAUCAAUGAAUGAUGAAAUAUGCACGCGAGUUUAUUA